CGUAUUCGUCGAGUUUGAGAUUCAAGAAUAGAAUUCUAGGGAAGAAAUUCGUCUCCUCCGUAAUAUUAAUUCAUGGUUUUUAUGUCAUGUACAUCUAUAUGGUUCAAAUGUAUGGAUCACUAAUAAUCUAGAUAUCAACAUGUCUACUCUUGUUCGAUGUUAAGUUUAAAGGAUUAUUUGGGCUGGUUUGAUUCUAUUCUUGUUCGUUGACACUCAGGAAAAAUGUCGAAAAUGAACUCAAAGGAUAAAGACAACAAGACAUUGCAUGAUAAACUCAGACAAUUCUUUCGCAUUAAUAAGGGUAACUACAAAAGUAGAGAAGACUUUACUUUGACUCAUGAUAUUGAGAAAGAGAUAAGUCCUGACAGUCCAGUACAUCAUCGUACAAAAGCUAUCAAAGACCUUUGCGAUGCUGUUCUUAACCAUCAAUGGGAAGAUAGAGCUCCAGAAAGAUUAUGGAAUUUAGUGCAAGAUCUAUUGGGAAAGGAUGUACCUAAAGAACACAGACAUGUAACAUUAAAUUUCUUACGUUGUCUUGUACAGGGUCAAUAUACCAAGCUGUCAUCUUUGAUGCGUGUAAAAUUUUUCAAUGUCGUCAAGGAUCAUGAAAUUCCCGAGGAUGUUGGUCCUAGACUGGAACUUUUACAAAGUCUCACAGAAAAUGGUAAAGACAUAGUACAUUUGGAAGAAAGGAUUGGACCCUUCCUUCUGGAGUGGAUGCCUGCAGUCACCAGUGGUGAUGGUAAACGAGGAGCAGAGUUUCUCUCCUUGUUAGUUAACGUGAUCAAAUUCAACUCUGCGUACAUAGAUGACGACAUUAUAUCUGGUUUUGUACAGUACAUUUGUCACCUAUGCUAUUAUAGCAAUAGUACAGAAGUUGUCUCCGGGUGUCUAGAAGCUCUGGACUGUAUUGUUUGCUAUAGCAACUUACAACCUGACUCAUUACAAACAUUUAUCAUAGCAUUAUGUCGAAGUGUCAAUGUAGAGACUUACUGUCAAAUAAGUUGGAAGAUAAUGCGCAAAUUAUUAGGAACACAUAUGGGCCACUCAGCUCUUUACACAAUGUGCCGUCUCCUGCAAGAUCAAAGCUUACAGCGUGACGUACGUCUCCUUCGUGGUGCUGUGUUUUAUGUCAAUAUGGGUCUCUGGGGCACGCACAGAAUACCCAAACUAGUUUGCACUCCUACCUCAGUUCUUCCAUCCUUCUUUCAGGCUUUGCAAUGCAAUCAUCCAAUAGUCAUGUAUGAAGUAACAUUAUCAAUUCAAAGACUGGUCAAUAAAUUUGGACUUGAGUUACAAGAGCCUACCUGGAGCAUCAUUUUGGAUAUACUAGAGGAAAUCAUUGCUCACAUAGAAACAAGUAAUCAGCCAGCAUCCCGACAAGUCUCUGUCAGCUUACACGAGACGAUUCACAGUGUAGAAAAUCUAUUAGAGGCUGGACAGUAUAAUGGAUGCAUUCAAAGGUUUUAUGAACUUGUUGAGCGCUGUUCGGAUUCCCGACCCGAACUCUCGGUCUUACGGUUGAUAGAUUACAGAGCCAGUACAAUCGAUCCCACUCGGCAUCUAUGGCAGUCAAAACUUGCUAAUUUGAUGGAACGAUACUUUAAAAAUGAAACUCGAACAAAUAUUCGAGUAAAAGUUUUGGACGUCCUUACUAACGUUAUUCAAGUGAACAGGUCGCGGUACGAAGAUGAACUAAUUGAGAGGAUCGUCGUACCGUAUUUGGUGCACGUUGACAUGGAUCCGGAUAUAACAAUUCGUAACGUAGCUGCUUAUUUACUUGUGGAUUUGUGCAUUGAGUGCGAGACCAAACGGUGCCUGGAACUCUUAGAUAUACUUGAGAAGAUCGUUAAUAAACCAUUCACAUCGGAUACACCGAUAUUAGUAGAUGCCGAUAUUAAAGAUGUGAAGACUGCUGUUACCGGUGUCAUUAAAUUAUUGACUGUUAAGUUGUAUCGAUUGCCAUCGAAUCAUGCAAUUCGUGCUUAUAAAGUUCUAGUGAAUCAUUUGGAGCAGCAUUAUAAAGAGCCUGCAGUAUUUCGUGAUGUGUCUACUAUAAGGUACCUGAUCUUUGAGUGUUUCCUCAAAAUCAGGGCUAAUGCACUGUAUCAUCUUGGAUUUCCUGAUUCUGCAAAUGGUACUGUGAAUCGAUUCAGUCCUUAUCUAGUAUUGGAACAUGCCCCAACGGAGAGGCUUAGUGGAGCAGGUACUGCUGGAGGUGGUGGAAGUAGUCCCCCUCCUGCUAGUCCAGCACCGUUACAACAUGUAUCUUGUCACAUAACACACAUGUCCCUGGCUCAUGCAUGCAAAGCUGUUGUCUCUUGUAUCAAGCAGGAAAAAGACUGGAAGGUGCUGCAACUUAUAUUGAAGGAAAUGCCUCAGGUCAUGCAAAACAGGGCAUUGAUACUGUCCAGGCACAGCAACGACAUUGAUUACCUUGCAGCAGCUCUCUGCUCGAUGGUUAGCGAUAAGACCUUGCGACUACCUGAGAGUCUCUAUAACGUUCCACCAAAAUUCACCAUUUCUGAAUUUCGCGUUUUCGUCUUUCCUGUCUUGGCAUCCUUAGCCUCGUAUCACGCGCAUCUCGAACCAAAUUUACAACAACGUUUGAUCAAGUGCCUGGAGGUUGGUCUCACCACGAGAUGUGCCAGUCAGUGCGUUACGAGUCUGACGACUUGUACUUUGGAAAUGCGUGAUGCCAUGAAUAAGUUGCUCAGUGAAGUAUUACUGAAUUUGUCCAAAAUCUCAGCAACUGUUCACAUCGCUAUACCAAUUCUUGAGUUUCUAUCCACUCUUACAAGGCUACCAAAGGUCUUUGCCAGUUUUAUUGGAGAUCAGUAUAUGUCAGUAUUUGCUAUACUGUUACCUUACACAAAUCCCUUUCGAUAUAAUCAUUACACAGUUUCCUUGGCACAUCAUGUUAUCGCUGUGUGGUUCCUCAAAUGUCGGCUUCCCUUUCGUAGGGAUUUUGUUAAAUUUAUCACUACAGGUCUGAAAGCCAAUGUUCUAAUACCAUUCGAAGAAGGACAUUUGAUGAAGCCUGACUUUAGCCUGAUCAAUGAGGAUUCUUCAAACAGAAAGCGUAGCUCAAGUUUAACCGAACAGGGUAGUCGAGGUCGUAGAGAAAGGCCAUUAAUAGCAAAUCGUAUGAUCGGUGAAGGGAGGACAGUUGAUCUGAAACCACCUAUUGGUGACAGUUUGAUGACAUUUCACGUAGAACUUACUGAAACUUGUAUAGAUCUGAUGGCUCGAUAUACAUUCUCUACAUAUUCAGCACUACCCAGAAGACUUCCAGCAGCAGAUUUUCUACUGAAAGAUGGUCAAUCAAUGACCUGGUUACUUGGUAACAGAGUUAUCACCAUUACUACCAGUGGGUGUAGUAACAAAGCUAUGCGUGGUGGUGUCUGUGAUAAUUGCUGGGCUGCAUGCAAACCUGGACCACCUUCACCGGAUCAUAAGGCAGCACCACAGUCUGGUCUCCGAAGAGCUUCCAGUACAGAGGGGCCUAAGGCCGAGAGUAAACUCUCCAGACAAUCCUCGAUUGGUCACGUUAAUUCAAAUGCCAAUACCGCUACAAACUCUCCAACCGAAGAAACAAAGAAACCAUUAGAGGAAUCAGAACCAGCUAAGCGAGAAUUCAUUACGGAAAAGACUGAAAAGGAUUCUGCUGAGCCUUCAAAGCUUGAACAGAUUCUAGGAUGUGAAAAACAAGAGGAUCAUGUACCCUGCGCCUGCUGGUGUCAAGGAUGGGCUGAGAUUUAUGUACGACGACCUACCGGCGAUAUGUCGUGGAUUAUGAGAAUACAAAAUUCCAUGCAAUUCGAUAAUCCUUUAGAUUUUCCUGUCUACGAUAUAACUGCUCUGUAUAUGCCAACGUCACAGACGAUGCUUCCUAAUCGAAAUCAGGAAGUCGUGGCUAGUAGCGCUGCUGCAGCUCCUACAGCUACUUAUGAAUAUGUACCAGAAACUUUAGAGAUGGAACAACCGGAGAGGAAUCUCGACCUGUCUCUAAACGACCAAACCAUUCCCAUGAUGAAAUCAAAUAUAUCUUUAGGAGCAUCAGGACCGAUCGCCAUCCCAGGAUCACCAGCACGUCCUAGUCCUUCGCGACAGAGCUCACGAGACAGUCUGGAGAGUCUUGAGGAAGGCGAAGAAGACUCGCGACGAUCUCGGAAUCCUGUGCGCAGAUCAAAUUCCAGCCCAGAAAUGAGUGCAAACUGGAAGAACCCUUUUCUUAAUAAAGAUAAGCUCAUCUCCCAGCAGACUGACAGGGAUCUCUCCUGCGCGGACUUCGCCGGUAAACUCGAGUCGGAGCUCAAGAAGCACGCGAAGAAUACAUAUACUAAGGAUAUGAGAGUAAGCUGUGAGGCAAUUCCUGAGGAAAUAUCAGGAAUGGGAACGACACCGCCUUCGUGUGAAAAUCCAGCGACCACAGCACCUGGUGAUCAUCCUACGUGUUUACGCUCCCAACGUUCCUAUCCUGGUGCCGCACAGACGACGCAGACGACGACCAUAGCUACAAGUAAUACCGUACCACCAUCACCAACGACAGCAGAGGCACCAGGAAAUUUUUUGGGAGUUCAAGGACGAGGAUUACAAUUACAAUCAAUUGCUAAUAUGAAACCACCUCAAUCCCCAACGCAAAUGUACUCAAGGCUCACUAGUCUCGAUUCUUCCCAAAAACAGACACCCUUAACCGUAGAGAUGAAACCUCCCAUUGGUAGAAAUCAUGGAGUAGACAAGAAGGAUGAGAGACCAGAUCCAUCAAAUUUACCGCCAUUUUCUUUUCGCGAUAGAGGACACACUAUAUCUGUAAUGAGUCCCGUGAAGAAACCACAUGGCGAAUGGAACAAUAUUCGCCGUGGAAAUUCACCAAGGGCGAAGGAUCCUCCUAGAACUGGUAUAAAUCCUAGCUUUGUAUUUUUACAACUUUAUCAUACGGCUCAUUUUGGCACCACAACGGAGAAGCCUUUACUCGUAUCCCAGACAGCAGCUACCCAAAGGACAGUGAAAAAUCUGGACUCGAUACCUCCGUACGAGACGCAUAAGAUCGGCGUAAUUUAUAUUGGUCCUGGACAAGCAUCCAACGAAGUCGAGAUAUUAGCAAAUCAGCAUGGUUCAUUACGAUACGCAGAAUUUUUGCAACGCUUAGGAACCCUCAUUAGACUUAAGGAUGUCGAUCCCCAGAGUGUCUUCCUGGGUGGAUUGGACCGCAAUGGUGAGAAUGGAAAUUUCGCGUAUAUCUGGCAGGACGACGUUAUGCAGGUUAUAUUUCACGUGGCAACUUUGAUGCCCACUAAAGAAAGUGAUCCUCAGUGUACUGGCAAGAAGUUGCACAUAGGGAACAACUACGUGAACAUAGUUUACAACGAGAGCGGUGAACCCUAUAAUAUUCAGACUGUCAAGGGACAAUUCAAUUAUGCUUGUGUCGUAAUACAACCAUUGGAUCAUGGCACGAAUCAAGUAACUGUUCAAGCAAGAGAGGAGCUCGCAGAACAUAUAGGACACAGUGAACCUAAAAUUAUUUCUGAUCAAAAUCUUGCCAUUCUCUCUCGGCAGCUCGCACUUCACGCCAACCUCGCUUCUAUGGUUUCGUCAUCCCUGAAACAAAAUGGACGCAAUCCCUACGCAUCGAAUUGGCUUGAACGUCUAAGACAUAUAAAACGCUUAAGAAAUAAAGUCCUGCAGGACUCGGCAAAUAAUAACCCUGAGGGUCAAUCUGAUGAGAUAUCACCAAGAUUGAACAAAAGGGUACACAUGGACGAUUUCACGGAGUACACGACCUAAUGGCAGACGGCAUUCUCUAAUACACGAUUAAAGAAAUCGCAAGACCCACGAGCACGGGAGACUGUACUAAAGAAUAUACUAUUUGCUCGUUAUCAUUGAA